CAUCGUUUCGUUCUUUUUUAAUUCUUCCUUGUGCUUAUUUAGCUUGCUCUCAUUCCCAAAAUCAGUCGUUUCUACUGCUAAGUGGUGAGACGCGACGUGAGCAAAAUUUCCAGAGAACUCAAAAUGUUUAGUAUUCUCUCGUUCGCCAAUCCCGGGGAACGAUCACCUUCAGGUAACGGCGCUAAGCACAACCUGCUGAAGGCGGCCUUCAAAGGAGAUCUGCCCCAGUUCAAGAGGCUCUUAAACGAGCUUCAUCUGAAGGAUCGUUCGCCGGCAACAAUCGCCAGUAUAAAGGACGGAAAUGGCCUGACCGCACUGCAUACUGCGGCGUCAGGAGGUGGAAAUCAGAUCUGCAAGUAUCUCGUCGAAGAUCUGAAAAUUGACGUCAAUCUAACUGAUAAAUCAGGUCUGACUCCUUUACAUUAUGCAAGUAAAUUUGAUCGUUUUCAUAUUGCCAAAUAUCUUCUCAAGAAUGGUGCGAAUCCAAACGCUAUGAAUGAUGUAGGGCGCAUUUCUUUGCAUUUCGCUGCUGAAAGUGGAUCUAAGAAACUUGUAAAGCUGCUGAUGUCAAAAGGUGCUGAUCUGAAUGCAGUAGCUGAUUGCGGCACCCCUUUGCUGGCUGCAGCUUUUCAUGGCAAUAAGGACUGUGUUGAGAUUUUGUUGGAUAGCUGUGUUGAUCCAAAUUUCGUUUCUCGUGAUAUGCUUUCCCCACUGACGGUCUCUGUUGGAGGUGAAUCGAUUGAAUGCGUGAAGCUGUUGCUCAAGGCAGGAGCUGAUCCAAACUUAUGUCCUCCAAAUGGAAUGACACCUUUGGGAUUUGCAGCUUCAAAAGGAUUGACUGAAAUUGUUAAAUGUUUGUUGAAUUCUGGAGCUGAUCCAAAUGCCAUUUCUAGUUUAUCAGGGGUGAAACCGAUUGAAGAAGCAGCAGCAAAUUAUAAUCGUGAGGUUGUUAUGAUUCUCCUUCCUGUGACUUCUCCCAUUCCAACUGUAUCUGACUGGAGCUAUGCUGGAAUAAUGAGGCAUGUUAACUCUAAAGAGAUUAAUGAAGAGAUAAAACAGCAGAUGAAGGAUGAUGUGAUGUUUUCAAAAUCCAAGGCAGAAGAGCUUCUCAACAGAAAGGAUUAUUAUGGUGCAAUAGCUUGCUACACAAAGCUGAUUUCUGCUGAUCCUGCUGAUGCUGAAGCAUUAGCCAACCGAAGCUUGUGUUGGGCCCAAUUGGAAACAGGGGAUGCUGCAUUAGAAGAUGCUUUGCAUUGCAUCAAGCUAAGACCUGAUUGGGAGAAGGGUUACUUCAGGGCGGGUAUGGCAUGGAUGUUAUUGAGGGAUUUUGAGAAAGCUGCUGAUAUUUUCUACGAUGGUUGGAAGUUGGAUCUUCUAGACAAGGAGCUUGAACGGGCUUUCUGGUAGCAGAUUCUUUUCCGAUCUCUUUAUAUUUGUAGCUUGCUUACACCAUAAAAAGUAGACUUGGAUUCUGUUAGUGAGUUCAUAAGCUCUAUGGUUUGACACAAGAUGAGAUUUUAAGAGUGCAAGAAGCAAUAAAUUUUAUCCAUUGAU